AUGGAAACUGAUACAAUAUUGGAAACCCAUAACUAUGUCAAUGGAAUAUAUUCCAUUAUCGAUGACGUUUUAAAGAACAAAACGUACUCAAAUAGUGAAAUUAACAAAUGGUCCAAUAUAAUUUGUGAAGAAUGCAUGAAAUAUUUAUACUCGAAAACGCUUCCUCUCAAAUACAUUAUAAGUUGUUAUAUUUUAAAGAAUUCGAAUGCAGAGACUUCUAUUCAAUAUUCCACUUACUGGGGAAAAGAUGACAGGCAUCUUCAAAUAUGUUGGCCAAAUGACCAAAAUAAUUGCAACAUGCUUUGCUACAUUAAUGUCUAUGCCCUAAAAGUAUCAGAUGGAUCCGUAGCUCAGCUCUAA